UCAGACGGCCAUAGACCGUCUGAGGUUUGAGGAAAAAUGAGAACAGGGAAGAACAUGUUGCUAAAAAGCUACAUUACUGAUUAACUAUAUAAAAAAUUACCAAACCUAUGCCAUCUGCAAGGGUUAAACCACAAAAUAAAGAGAUAGCAAAGAUGUUUAUUGAGAAGAAUCCAGCGUCUUGGAAUCUUUUAAUGCUGAUGAAGUGAGGACUAAAAGAGCAUCGUCACGUGAUGUUUUGCUAAAAUGUUGAAGUGCUUCUUGAGUGCAAAUAUAAUAUCGAUAUGAAGAGAAAACUUCACGUGUUAUGUGUGAAAAUGGUGCACACUUUUUAUGAAGAGUUUGACGAUCUGAUUUUUAUAACAGAGUAAUUUUGCAAAAGACCAAUGACAAGAGUUUUAAAGAUAACCAUCAUUUCAAAACAACUGAUUGUGUUCAGUGAAAGUAUCGGAGGAUAUAUCUAAAUGGUACUCAAAAAGUGCUCUCCACAAUGUUCUUCAAAACUUUCUUCUUGUUUAUUUCCAUUAGAAAAGUGGUAUCUGAUUGUGGCGACACUGCUGCUGAUAUUGUUUUCAUUCUGGACUCCAGUGGGAGUGUUGGGUUAGGCAAUUUCGAAAAGACUAAGGAAUUUUUCAAGGCAAUGGUAGAUGGAUUUCAAAUUGGAUCUAAAGCUGUGAGAAUAGGCGCUGUGCCCUUCAGUACGUCUGUUCACAACUCAUUUCAUCUUACAUCAUUCUAUUCUAAACCUACUUUAAAAUCUCGUAUCUCUAGCAUCCCCUAUGACAGUGGUUCUACAAAUACUGCCAUUGCCAUCCGGUAUGCGAGAACGACGAGCUUUGGGGCAUAUGGCAGGAACAAUGUUCCCAAACUAGCAGUUAUCAUAACCGACGGACAAUCUGACGACAAAUCUAGCACUUUGUCAGAAGCACAACUAUUACGUAACAAUGGCGUCAUCAUCUUCUCUGUCGGUGUCGGUGAUGGUGUUGAUGAGUCUGAACUUCAGGGAAUGGCUACAAAAGCGAGUUAUGUGUUUGAUGUGUCUACGUUUAGUGCUUUGAACUCAAUUCGAGAUAAACUCGCAAGAACAACUUGUGACGUCAUUUCCUGUGGUCACCCCGGUAUUCCUGUCAAUGGUCAGCUUCAUGGGAGUGACUUUUCCCAGGGUAAAUCUGUGACCUACAGCUGUAAGACGGGGUAUAAACUCGUUGGCUAUCAACAGAGGACGUGUCAAAGGGAUAAAAGUUGGUCCGGAGGACUGCCAGCGUGCAUCUUUGUGAACACGUGCAAUAGUGAUCCCUGUCAAAAUGGCGGAAGUUGUAUUGACGGCGAGAAUAGAUACACCUGUAAUUGUAUUCAAGGUUAUACAGGGGUUCACUGUGAAAAAGAUAUCCAGCCACCGGUCAUCAGGUUUUGCCCGUCUAAUAUUCGACAACUUUCUUCAUCACGAUUCGUCAACGUUACGUGGCGGCCACCUGACUUCUACGACCCAUUUGGUCACGAUGUCGAAGUUACCACUAACUACCCGUAUCACGGGUCUAUCUUUCGCUGGGGAUACUAUACUGCUCGAUAUACAGCUCUGAAACCAUUCAACGGCCUCAGGGCCAACUGCACCUUCAACAUUUUUGUUGGGCCUCUAUCCUGUCCGAAGCUGGAAGUUCCGCUGAACGGUGCUCUGGUCUGUAAUGGAUGGAUUAUAGAAUUCGCUCGUCUGUGUGUCGUAUUCUGUCAACAGGGAACACGACUAAGUCAUGGACAUGACAUACGGUCAAAAUAUUUCUGUGGUGGAAGUGGAAAUUGGCUUCCCAAUAGAAAACUCCCGUCCUGCGAGAGAUCAACGAUGGAACCAUCUAGAGAUGAUGAUUUAUAUUAUUUCAAGACUUGUGACAGAAAACACGAAAAUCAGAUGAAGAAUGAGUAUAUCAAGAUUCUCCAGAAGUCUAUGUUUAGGAGUCUUUGCUUUAAGUUUAAGGACCUCUGCAUACCAGAAAAUGUUGAUGUUCAAUGCGGAUGAAGAGAUUAUGCGAAGCUGGACAUUUUCGCAGAAAACACAUCCUCGAAUACUUGACUCAUUUGUAAGAUCCGUUAGUAUCAUUGCCUUUCUUUCCGUUAAGGUCUUAUUUCUUAAGAUAUGAAACUUGAGAUUUUUUUUUAAAUUUAAGCUUUCAGUUAUCCAUUGAAAUUUUCAUUGGCAAAAAUGAUAUUAUUUCUGAAUUUAGUCACAGAAUCAAGAAACCUGGAAAAAAUUGUGAUAUGGGUUCCAUAACAUAUCUUUAGAACAUUCAAACAUUUUUUUUCAAACAAGAAAAAAUUAGAAUUAAAUUUGCAUUUCUUCUACUGAAUGUUAUAGCUUGCAUGAGGCAUUAGUUUUGAAUUUGUAUUUGCCCAUAAUUGUAUAUAACAACAAAUACAUGAUAAAGAAGUUUUUAAGUCCAAAAUGAACCGAAGA